CUUUGGUGGUGGCCAUAAUGUCCUGUACAAACCCAGCAACACAUUUGCUUUACAUUAGUUGAAUCAGGAACAAAAAGGUCAUUGGGAGCUGCACACAAGAGUCGAUGAUUGAUUUUUCGUGGUUGGGAUCUGCUGAAGUUGUGAUAUAUUCUUGUCAUUGACCUCUGUUCGAGGAGGGGUUUGGAGGAGGAGGGGGAGUAAGAGUGGAAAAUGGUGGCCAGUGGCGGUGAGGAGCCAAUGCAGGAGUCAGGCCACGGGGAGAGGAUACUUGUUUCUGUUCGGCUGCGCCCUUUGAGCGAGAAGGAGACUGCCAGGAACGAUGUGUCGGAUUGGGAAUGCAUUAACGACAACACUAUCAUAUACAGGAACAACCUUUCGAUUUCUGAACGCUCCAUGUACCCAACUGCCUACACAUUUGACAGAGUAUUUAGUAAUGAUUGCUCCACAAGGCGGGUGUAUGAAGAUGGAGCCAAGAAAGUUGCUCUUUCAGUUGCCAGUGGUAUAAACUCAAGUAUUUUUGCAUAUGGACAAACAAGCAGUGGAAAGACAUACACCAUGAGUGGAAUCACCGAGUACGCUGUUGCAGAUAUAUAUGACUACAUAGAUAAGCAUCAGGAGAGAGAAUUUGUUUUAAAGUUUUCUGCUUUGGAGAUCUACAACGAAUCUGUUAGAGACCUCCUUAGUGCAGAUACCACUCCCCUUAGGCUACUGGAUGAUCCUGAGAGAGGUACAAUUGUUGAAAGACUUACAGAGGAAACUCUAAGGGACUGGAAUCAUUUCAGAGAACUUCUAUCUGUCUGCGAAGCACAAAGGCAAAUAGGAGAAACAUCUUUAAAUGAAGCAAGCUCUAGAUCACAUCAGAUUCUCAGAUUGGUAAUAGAAAGUUCAGCACGUGAGUUCCUUGGCUAUGACAAGUCAAGCUCCCUUACUGCUAUGGUGAACUUUGUUGAUCUUGCUGGAAGUGAGCGUGCAUCCCAGACAUUAUCAGCUGGCACAAGGUUGAAAGAGGGUUGCCACAUAAAUCGCAGUUUACUAACUCUUGGCACUGUUGUCCGUAAGCUGAGCAAGGGAAGAAAUGGGCAUAUUCCUUACCGAGAUUCAAAGCUAACUCGCAUACUGCAGUCCUCCUUGGGAGGAAAUGCUAGAACUGCCAUCAUCUGUAAUUUGAGUCCUGCACAUAGCCAUGUCGAGCAAUCAAGAAACACCCUUUUGUUUGCAAGUUGUGCUAAAGAAGUGACAACAAAUGCUCAGGUUAAUGUAGUCAUGUCAGAUAAAACAUUGGUGAAGCAUUUGCAAAAAGAAUUGGCUAAAUUAGAGAAUGAGUUGAAAUCUUCCGGACCAAAAACUGUUCCAGCUGAUUCUUCUACACUACUGAGAGAAAAAGAUCUUCAAAUUGAAAAGCUUAAGAAAGAGGUGUCAGAGCUGACCCUGCAACGAGACCUUGCUCAGUCUCAGGUUAAGGAUCUGGUACGAGUGCUUGAAGAUGAUAAACCAUCACCAGCGGAUAUGGAUCGUUAUUACCCCAAAUUGCGAGUGCGAACUUCAUGGGAAAACAUUGAAAUUCAACCAUCAGGAAUACCUGGUCUGGCUGGUUCUCACCAUCGCCGAGGCAGUGUUAGAUCUUUUGGCACAUCUCAGUAUUCAGAUGUAGACAGCAGGACUAGUUCUGAUGAUACUUUACUCCAACUUCCGGACUUUGAGGAAAAUUUCCUGAUCCCACACACGUUCUCGUCCAGCCAGUUGUCUGUUAGUUUUCCUAAUUCCAUUGAUGCAAAUCUGCAUCAGGAGGAGAACAAAGAACAGUCUGAUGUAAAUUCGGAGGAUGUUUGCAAGGAAGUUCGGUGCAUUGAAAUGGAAGAAUCACACACAAACAGAUAUGUAGCAUCACAUAUAUCAGAUUCAAGCAGAAGCAGAUACCAAAACUCAAAUCAGUCAUCUCCUGCAGCAAACACAGCUACCUCAGGAUUGACGCUGGUUGAGAAUGGAGAUGGCACCAAUAAAGAAAUGCAGUCUCCCCUAUUGAACCAUAAAGGUUUUGUAAUUCCAUCUCCUGAAAAGAUAUCUCAAUGGCUCCCAGAGAAAGAGAUGCCCACUCCCUUGAUCUACAAGUUAAGACGGAGUAGAAGUUGUAAAGCAAGUCUUGUGACCAGCUUCUCUUCAUGUUGGUUUGAGAUGGUGGAGAAGAAUGAGAACACGCCUUUGAUUGAGUUUGAGAAAAGUUAUAAUGAGAGCACACCUCCAACUGAGUUUGAGAAAAAUUUUGUAGGAAGGCCCAAGGGUCUGCAAAAGAAACUUCCUUCAUUCAAGUAUGAUGGUGAGAUUGAAAGGUUAUCAAGAAAUGAUUCUCAGUCUGAUGAGUGUAAACCACAGAAUACUGAAUCUGCAACUAAUGACGAGAGUAUUGAAACAAGUUCUUUAGUUGAAGAAACAAAGGAGGCAACCACAACUGAUGACAAGACUACUGAAAGCAAUUCUUUAGUUGAAGUAACAAAAGAAACAACCUCAACUGAUGACAAGACUAUUGAAAGCAAUUCUUCAGUUGAAGGAACGAAGGAAAUGAUGGGCACCCAGUGCAAUGCUGAUUCUCUGGCACUGGAUACUGAUACAGAGUCAAUACCAGAGACUGAUUCAAGGUCUCUACCAGAAACAGAUUCAAGGUCGACAACAGAGACAGAGGUGGAUUCUAGUCCUAUACAAGAGACAGGUUUAAGAUCCAUACCAUCGACAAAGGAUGUAAAAGAUGUUGGCUUGGACCCGAUGCCUAUGAAUGAGGAAAGUGAUUCAAUGUGGCCAUCAGAAUUCAAGAGGCUGCAAAGAGAGAUUGUUGAACUUUGGCAUGCUUGCAAUGUGUCAUUGGUACACAGGACAUACUUCUUCCUGCUAUUUAAAGGUGAUCCAAGUGAUUCUAUAUACAUGGAGGUUGAGCUCAGGAGAUUGUCAUUCCUCAAACGCACAUUUCUUAAGGGAGAUCAAGCUUUCGAUGAUGGUCUAACACCUGCUUCAAGCCUGAGGGCUUUAUGCAGUGAGAGACACAUGCUGAGCAAGCAAAUGAGCAAGAGGCUCUCUAAAGACGAAAGAGAUAACCUCUACCUAAAAUGGGGUAUCGGCCUAAACUCAAAGAAUAGGAGGUUGCAGUUGGCAAAUCGCCUGUGGAGUGACACAAGCAACUUGGAUCACAUUGCAGAUAGUGCCAACGUUGUUGCAAAGCUGGUUGGUUCAGUAGAACCAGAGCAGGCUUACAAGGAGAUGUUUGGACUCAGAUUUACACCUCGAGACUCAUUUACCAGGCGGAAAUCUUACCGUUGGACAGAAAGUUUGAAGCAUCUGGUUUAAGCUUGUUUCUGGGAUUAAUUGUAGAAGUUACGAGUGCGCCUAAUAUCAUUCAUGUACAUGGUUAUGGUUCCUUGGCAAAUAUUCCAUUUGCACGUCCUUGUUCUAAUUGUAAUCAGACUGUUAGAAAGUUUGUAAGUUUACUCAGGCUAGAUAUAAUGUUUGAUGGUUCCCUAGUAAUCUAGUAUAUUGUAAAGUAAUUCCAUGAGUGUUAUAUACCACUUUUUACCCAGCC